AUGAAUCAGGAUUUUGAUGUUUUAUGUUAUUUAGAUAAAAUUACAGAAGAUGAAUUAAAAAGUGCAAAAUAUCUAAUAGAACAAGAAAUCAAUGAAUUGGGAAAUUUAAAUAAUUUUUCUCAUACAAAAGGAUCUAUUCAAUCAAAAAUAAUCCGAUACUCUACUGAAAAGAAUCUACAAUCUAAUUAUUUUAAUGAUAAGUACUUUAUUGAUAAUAUACUAUGUGAUAAUAAUAAUAUACAGGAUCAAAUAUCCAUUAAAAAGUUAUAUAAUCAAGGUUUAAGUAAAAUAGGGAAUACUUAUGAACAUUUGAAAAUAUAUUAUGAUAAUCUUGAAUUAUUAAAAGAAUAUGGUGAAGAUUUAUGGAUAAAAUAUCUAGAUAUACUUAAAAAUGAUCACAAAUCUCUACAAAUCUAUGAUAAAUAUCUUAGUAAGUCAAUUCAAGAUAUUAAUAUUAAUAGAAAAAAUCAACAAAUAGAAUUUGCUACAUCAAAAUUAGAUCCUCUAUUAAGAGAAUUAGAACAAAUCCAUAAAGAAAAUAUAAAUCUAAUGUUAUUAUUGAAAUCUAUAGAUUUUAAGUAA